AUGCUGGCGCUGGCCUGCCUGGACAUGAUCUCCGAGCUGGAGGCGGUGAGCACGCUGUGCGACUUCGUGGCGAUGCGGGGCUACCUCAAGCACAUGCUGGACAGCCUGGGCAAGUCGAGCGAGGCGCUGUGCGGCAUCCUGCAGCCGGUGCCGGACCAUCUGCGUCCGCUCGUUUCCGUGCCAUCCUGCUGCCGGCACUGGCCCUCUGCGAUGCCAUUGUCAACUCGCUGGGGUUCGCGCAACAAUUCGGCUGCUUUGCAGGUGCUCAACUUCCUGUUCGCCCACAUCGACAUGGUGGAGGCGAUGCUGCGCACGGCCACACCGUUCAUGGACCUGGGCCACCUGCAGCAGCUGGCCGCCAUCACCAAUCUGUUUGCCCGCACCAAUACGCACGAGGUGACCGCUCUGGAGGACAGCCUCGAUGUGGAGAACGACCUGGAGCUGCGCAACCGAUUGGGACGCCUGCAGCAGCUGAUGAUCGUCGUCUUUGGCCGCUUCUCCGUCAGCGAGGCCACCAUUCGGCGCAUGCUGCAGCAGGACCAGGAGCAGGAUCACCACCAUCACCAUCACCAUCACCAGCAGAAGCAUCAGCAGCUGCAACAGCAGGAGGGCAACGAUCUGGCCGGAGGCGAGGGCUCCAAAACGCUGCGCAUCAAGUUCUUCCUGGACAUCGCCGCCAACCUGUCGCUCUACUGCCGCAACGCGGUCACCAGCCACGUGAAGGACAGCAUGACCUCCAAGUUCUUGCUCACGACCAUGAUCAACGACGUGACGCCGCUGACUGGCAAAAUGGACAGCAAGAAGCUGACGGCCGUCAUGCACACCAUCCUCAACCAGCUGAAGGGCUCCAUCGGCUAUUACCUCUCGCAGAAGUCCAUUGCCGACAAUCUGCUGCAGCAGCGCGCCUCCCUGCCGAACAUCAGCUUUGGUCCCAAUGGCAAGCAAAGCUAUCUGGACUUGAGCCAGCGGCACAACGAGAAGCGCAGCGAACUGAUGCAGGCCGUCUUCAUUGCCGAGCAGAAUCUGUACUUGCUGUGGAUCCACCUGGACUUCUACCUGCGCAACGCCGUUGUCUAUGCCAACGAGAACCGCAACGCCAUCAACGAGAGUCUCCUGGACAACGGCAACGGCAAUGUGUCCGUGCUGAAUGCCUCGCAGGACGAGAUCCUGCAGCUCAAGCAGCUGCUCAUCUCCACCUUCAACGAGACCUUCUGCACGCAGCUAAUCACGGCCAGCGAGGACUACGCGACCAAGUGCAGGGGCUUCAACGCCUCGCUGCUGCGCCGCAUCAAGGCGCUCGUCCAGUUCGCCCCGGUCACUGCCAAUGGCGACAAUUCCACGUUCAUCUCGUAGGCCCGAAUCGAACGCCAUUUCCCCCCCCUGCCGGCUCGUCUUGGUCCUUCGGUACGGAUAUCCGCCGCUAAGUUGCGCCUCGCAAUCGGUAGGGCGAUGCUGCCCUCCCGGUGUCUGAUAAACCAUCGACUGAGCCACGUAUUUAGUUUUAUAUUUCAAUAAAAAGUGUUGAUUUUCUCAAGCGAAA